UGUGAGAUGGACGAGUACGUAGGGGAAGGGGUCCUUCUAAGGAGGUCCUUGCCUUUUCAGAGAGCCGCCCUGAGCCCGCCUCGCCACACCUCCUCGGGCGCGCCGUCGAGAGCUGUGAUGGCGGCGGCGGUGCAGCCGGUUCCGUGCACAGGCCCAGCGAUGGCGCCGCGCGCGGCCCUGGGGUCGCAAGACUGCAGCCGCGUGAUUAGCGGGGGCUGGCAGCUGAGCAGCGGGCAUCAUGCCGGCUUCGACCGCGAAGCGGCCUUACGCGGGGCACUCGCGGGGCACGCGCGGGGGCUGACGAGCCUGGACAUGGGCGACAUUUACACUGGCGUCGAGGCGUUGGUCGGGGAGUUCCUGCGGCGUUGCGACGGCGCCGGCGCCGCUGUGCAAGCGCACACGAAAUUCGUGCCUGACCUGGACCUCAUCCGCCGUGGCGGCGUGAACGAGCACGUGGUGGAGUGCAUGGUGCGCAGGAGCUGCAACCGCCUGGGCCUGGAGCGCCUAGACCUCGUGCAGUUCCACUGGUGGGACUUCGACUGCGGCGGCUACGUGGAGGCCGCGAAGGCACUGGCGGCGCACCCAGCGGUGGUGCAGUUCGGCCUCACCAAUUUUGACGCGCAGCGGAUGGCGGAGCUCAGGACGCUGGUCUGGAGGUAGUCUCCAACCAGGUUCAGUACAGCGUCCUGGACCGCAGGCCAGAAGCGGCGCUGGUACCGCUCUGCCAGGCGACCGGUGCCGUGCUGCUGCCUUACGGCGUGCUAGCGGGCGGCUUCCUCACGGACCGGUGGCUUGGCGCGCCCGACCCGCUGGACGCCGAGCACGGCGAGGUCGAGGAGCUGAGCAUGGAGUCGCUGACCGACUUCGGCAAGCUGCCGACGAGGAGCCACACGAAUAUUACUUGAUAAUCCGCCAGUCGGGGGGCUGGGGCAGAUUCCAGCGGCUGCUGCACAUCCUGCGCGGCGUCGCCGACCGCCACGGCACGACCAUAGCCGUGGUGGCCGCGGCAUGGGUGCUCAGCAGGCCAGCGGUGGGCGCGAUCAUCCUCGGCAGCCGCAGCGAGGAACACCUGGACGUCACCAUGUCCAUUUUUGAGCUUCGGCUCAGCGCGCAAGACCUGGCGGAAAUCGACGCGCACGAGCGCGAGUACAACGCCUCGCAGCUCGCUGAGCACCCACUGGGCGUGGUGUACGGCCUGGAGCGGCGCUUUGACUCGAGGCACGCGAGCAUCAUGCGCUUCAACCUCGGGCUCUACGGCACUGCCACGCACCGGCUGGAGGUGCACGCUCGCGCGGCUGCGCUUUCGGAGAGGGUGUUCGAGGGACCGAUGCUACUCGACGGGCAGCGCAGCGCGGGGGAGCUGCUGCCGGGUAUGAUGAGCACCAGCGAGCUUGCGCGCAACACGUUGCGCGAGAUCUCAGCUAUGUUGCGCCUCGACUCAUCGGGUGACCUGGUGCCGUUGCGCGCCGCCUUCGACGUGGCAACGGCGCUGGCGAAGUCGGAACGCUCGCUCGAUUCGGGUGAGUGCAGUGGGCUCUCGUUGCCGCUCGUCGCGGCGGAUUUGCUCAAGUUUGACGCCGAGGUGGCGGCUGCGAAGGGUUUAGUCGAUGGCAGCGAGCUGUCCGCGCAGGCGGAGGCAGAUCAGCAGGCGAAGGUGCUGACGGAGCUCGGAAUGCAACAGUUCAGGCAACACCAGCUGCUCGCGGCGCUGGCGUACUUUGACGCCGUGCUGCUUGCCGACCCGUCGCGCGCGGCGCUACUCUGGCAGCGCGGUCUUUGCCUGUUUUACCUGGGUCGGUUCCCCGAGGCGGCGGCGCAGUUCGCGAGGGACGUGGCGGCGAACACGGCGGACUCGGAGGAGGCGAUCUGGCACUGCCUGUCCACGGUGAGGGGCGGCGCCACCUUUGAGCAGGCGCGCGCGGCGAUGCCCCGGGUGGGGCCCGACCCGCGGUCAGUGCCGCGGGCGGCGCUGCGGCUCUUCCGCGGCGAGGCGGACGUGGGCGAGCUGCUGCGGGCGCGCGACGAGGGCGCCCCGGGCUCCGCGGCGCACGACCUCUUCUACCGCGAGCUCUACGCGGGCCUCUUCCUCGAGGCCGCGGGCGGCGCCGAGGCCGAGGCCGCCGCGCACCUCCGGCGCGCGUGCGGCUCGGAGUACGCGGCCGCGGCCGGCAGCCAGACGCCCGGGCAGACGCACGCUGGCCGCGACCUCAUGGUCGACGUGGCGCUGCUGCACCUCGGGCGCCUGGGCGGCCCGAGCUGCACCGGCGCCGCCGCGCGGCAGCCAACCUGGAGCCCCCUCCUCCCCGCUCCCUCCUCGGCCCUCACCUCCACCAUCCUGUC